AUGUCUCUCCAGCCCAUCCAUGAUCUGAGGUACUCGCUGGUGAAGAGGUCUCUGCUGGGCACGGUAUCUGACAGUGGCUCUGUGGCUCUCUGGGAUGCUAACACUCAAAAGGAGCUGCAUUUGUUCGAGGGUACACACAAAGCCCCGUGUUCAGGGCUGGCCUUCUCUCCGGCCAAUGAUUUGCUCUUCAUCACUGUGGGCCUUGAUAAGAAGAUCGUCUGUUAUGACACUUCCAGCAAAAUGGUGUUUCGUAAUAAGCAGGUGGAUUCUCCACUCACAGCCAUUGAUUUUACUCCAGAUGGGGCUGGACUGGUUGUGGGCUCAACGCAGGGCAGAAUUUAUAUGUACGAUUUGAGAAACCUCAGUGCACCGGUCAAAAUCACCACAGCUCACAAGACGUCAGUGACCUGCAUUCGCUUCCAGAACUCCACCUCCAAGUUAAAGUCCACUAAAACAUCCAGCAAGUCUUCUCAAUCAAGUAAGAGGAUCUCAGUAAAACUGGGCGGUCAGCAGACGGGACCCUCUACUCCAACAUCUACAGUCCCACCCGGUGUGCCAGGCUCUGAAUUUCCUGGUGAUGGACAAGCCCAAGUCACAGGUACUGCUGGAGAGGUGUUCACCAGUGAGUUCCUCAGGGACACUUGUCAUAGAGACAUUAUCAAUCUGCAGGUGGAGAUGGUUCGGCAGUUCUAUAUUCAGCUGAAUGAAAUCCAUGGUCUGAUUGAGAAAUACUCUGUGAACGACUCCCUCAUCGAGGAGAUAGAAAGACUGAGAGAAGAAAACAAACGACUACGAGCCAAUUAUUAAAGACAUCCAUAGACACGUGUCUCCCAUUGUGUCAGUCGAGGAAUACUGCCCAGAAUCAGAGAGGACAGAGAGAAGCUCACGUUUCUACUAGUGCCUUCACUCUGCAGACCACCGCUCACUGUCUGCUGCUCCAUUUGUCAUAUUGGCACACACUUUUGUAUUUGUUUCAGGUUAUAAAGUGUUUUUGUAAGAUUUCUAUGCCUUAAAAUCAAAUGGCAAAGAAGAGAACUCACUUUGUAUUUUUUUCCCAAGGUGUGUUUUGUAUAUCCUAACUAGUUUACAGACAAGUCGCAUGUAUUGGCACCUAGGAUGUGUAAUGCGUGAAUGUUGUAGAGUGAAGAAACAUCUCCGUGUGAAUUUUGCCACUAUGGAUUGUGCUCCUUCAUAAUUUUGGUCCAGAUUAUUUUUGCAAACCACAUGCCAAAAAUGAAAGGACACUGGUGAUGUUGUGUAAGAGUAGGCAGAUCUGUGCAUUCUGCAGCUUCAAAAGGUGUGUAUUGGAGAUUAUUUGAAUGCCAGUGCUUUAAUACAUGACAUUUUGAAUCAGUUUCAUAUGUUCUUGGCAGCACAUUCGGCAACAAAAAGCAAAUGACUAACUCAAACCCAUUAUCUGUACUCUGCUCCUAAUCCACAAUAAUUAGGUGUCUUCCAAUGGACUGGCCUAAAUAAAUUAUUUCUGCAUUCAUGUGUA